AUGGAUCCGCUAAAGCCUGAUGAAACUUUCAAUCAUCAGUUCGCGUAUAGUUCCAAGGGCCAUGGUGGCCAACGGCUUCGAAUUCAUUAUGUUGAUCAAGGUCCAAAGAAUGGAGACGUAAUUGUCUGUUUACAUGGUUUCCCUGGUCUUUGGUACGACUUCAGGUACCAGAUCCCAGCUCUGGUACAAAAAGGCUACCGGGUAUUUUCAUUUGAUCUACCUGGAUAUGGACAAUCUGAUGCGCCUACAGCCAAUGAUCACGAAUCCCUCAAAAUCUAUUCCUUUAAGUCGGUCGGAGCCAUCGUGCUCGAUAUCGUAGAGUCAGUCGCGGGAGCAAAGCAAGUCAUAUUGCUUCAACAUGAUUGGGGAGGAGCACUUGGGUACAGAAUGGCUCUGCAUUACCCCGAUCGUAUUAAAGGCAUCAUGUCUGUAUGCACUCCUUAUCAACCUCCAUCAUCUGAAUACAUCCCAUUGCAAGUCAUGGUGGACAAAUACCUUCCUCAGUUCGAUUAUCAGCUUUGGUACGAGAAACCUGAAACCGACGCCGAAUUGGAAGCCAAUGUGGAGUUCUUCUUUCGUGGGACUAUGAGAGGCAAAGAAGAAUCACCUGGGAUUAUGAGAAUUCCUCCCUCCGGUUUACACAAUGUACCAAGGGACAUCAAACUCAGCAAGUACAUUUCUCGUCAGGAAUUGGACUAUUACGUCCGCCAUUAUACUCAACGCAAGUUCCACGGGUCCUUAAACUGGUAUCGAACUCGGAAAAUCAACUUCGACGAUGAACUUUCAUUGCCAAAGACUUUGCCAAUCCCUGUUCUGAUGGUUGUUGCAAUGCACGAUCCAUCUUUGAAACCCGCCAUGGCCGAGAUCAUGAAAGACAAGAAACUUGUCCCGCAGUUGACAAUGAAACAAGUAGACUCUUCACAUUGGGUGAUGUGGGAGGCAAAAGCUGUGCUCAAUUCCAUCUUGUCACAGUGGCUAGAUGACAACAAAGCCAAACUGGCUGAUAGUAGUAAAAAUAAACUUUAG